UGUUGAAUCUUCUUUCUUUGCGAUUUAAACACAAAAUUCCAGAGAAGGUGACUACAUUUCAGGGCUUUUUUUUAAUAGUAUCAAUUUCCACGUUCAUUUUAUUGAAUCAACGAGAAGACAAUAUUUUAUUUUUGUUAUUGAAUUGUAGAUGAUUAAUGAAAUAUCUAUAUAUUGCACAAAUAAACAAUAGUUUGAACCACGUUACUAUUUGAGCAAACAUAGGUUUAACGUGCAAACAAAGAAGAGUUUAUUAAGAGGUUAACUGAACAAGACAACUAAAAAGGUUUUUUAUAUGUUGUGCUUGUCUUACCAUAAACAUGUUGCUUACAUGUAAGUGUAAUAAAAUGAUUAAUAAAUUUGGAAUUGAUAAGAUUUAGUGCUAGAUUUGAAUCGACAUUGCAAUUAGGGCACCACUUUCGUAAAGGAGUAAUUAAUAGCAAUUAUUAAAAAUACGUACGUAAACUAGCAAUAAUGACAUUAUGAGUUGUCUUUAUGCAGAACUAUCGCUAGCCUGGCCAUUUAAUUAUUAAACAUGGUUUAAUUUCAUGUAAUCGUUUAAGUAUGCCAAAUUGUCUUUUUAUUACAAAUUUUUGAUUGGUAAUCACAAAAGCCUCUCAACUCGAUAUUAUCUAAAUUAAACAUAAAUGCCCCAUGUCUUAAUGCAAUAAGGCCCAAUAAACAAAUUAUGCUUCCAAAGAAAAAAAAUUAAAGAGAAUUAAAAUGAACAAACAGAAAAACGACUGAGAGCAAAGAUCGGCACACGACCACAAUACACGGAUCGAUGAAUACAAUGGGAGUGUUUGUAAGCUCUUUGAAGAUGGCUGCUAAGAAGAUACAACACGGCCUCCUCACGGCAUUCCUUCUAUUGAUUCUGGUUCCGGUUGGUGAGGCGGUUUGGCUAGACGUGCCUACCACGGGAACAAAAUGUGUGUCUGAAGAAAUCCAGAGCAAUGUAGUUGUAUUGGCUGAUUACAUUAUCAUCUCUGAGGAUGACUCCUUAUUACCCACUAUAUCUGUCAAGGUGACGUCCCCAUAUGGCAAAAAUCUGCACCAAAUGGAAAACGUGACGGUUGGGGAAUUUGCAUUUACAACGCAAGAAUCAGGGAACUACAUGGCGUGCUUUACGGCAGAUACAAAGAGUCACGGAAACAAAAAUGUUAGCAUCAGCGUUGACUGGAAAACUGGAAUCGCUGCUAAGGAUUGGAAAAAUAUUGCUAAGAAAGAGAAGAUCGAGGGAGUGGAGCUGGAGAUAAGGAAACUUGAAGCUGCAGUGGAAGCCAUCCAUGAAAAUUUAGUUUACAUAAGAAACAAAGAAGCAGAUAUGAGAACCGUGAGUGAGAAAACGAACUCGAGAGUAGCUUGGUUCAGUACAAUGUCGAUGGGUAUUUGCAUUGCUGUCUCUGGUAUACAAGUAGUUUACUUGAAGCAAUACUUUCAGAAGAAGAAGCUUAUAUAAGCUAGUUUUGACUCAUCCACAUCCUUUUUAAGAACUUUUUGUUGGGUUCAAAGUAAUAAUAAAGAUUUAAUUUGCAGUUUCUGUUACUUCAGGGAUAAAAGCCAAUAAACAGAUUUUCAUUUCU